AUGCCUCCUAAACGGUCGUCGAAGGUCACUGCUGAGGUCACGCUCCCGGACGACCUCCUAAUGGAUCCGUUCACCACGCCGGCUCCUGUUGUGGAUGGGGCUGAGAAGCAAGGCUCAAACGAUGCGGUUACUGUUAAUGCAGUCACAGACAAUGCUGCGAAGCCCGUCAAGGAAUCGGCUAAUACUACUGCUGCUGACGUCGCUGGUGGUUCUGGACUAUCAGUGGAAGAGAAGUUUCAAGACAACCAGGCUCCUGUUGCUGUGCUUGACGAGUUCCUGGAGGAUGAUGAGGAUGAAGAGCUGGAGAUCGACAUUGCCAAGGAAGAUGCUUUUCGUCUUCGUUAUACAACAAUCUUACUCAUUCCGAUGGUGCUUUCUCAGGAGAUUAAGGCCAUUAUUGCUGCAGUGCGUCUUCUGAUGACCAAGGUCUGGAGCUCUUCUCUAACCGAGAACGCUGGGGUGACGGCUAACAUACAGGAGAUGAUACCUGGCUUCGUCGCGAAGACACGAUUCUGCCGGCUUCAAAUCUCCUUCCUCGACGAACGGGAUGCACAUCACAUCAAGUUUCAUGUUUUUGAGUACCAGAAGGAGAAUGCUCCGGCGAUCAAGUGCAUCUGGCAGCACACAGAGAACGCCUCGUACCUUAAGGAGAAAGCUACUCGUCCCCUUGCUAUUGAAGUGGUGUUCCGGCGCGUGCCUGCUAACAUUGUCCCGGAUGUUUUGAAGGACCUGCUUGUCCGUUUCAAACUGAAGAAGCGUCAGCAGUCGGCUUUCAAGGAAGGGUUUGGUUUCCAUCGGGUGGCUCACCCACUCACCGGAGCUGACACCGAUGUUAUCAAAGGCCUGGUCGUGCAGCAUCCUGGGGAUCGUUAUCGCUGGCGCCACAUGGUCGACAGCCCGAUGGGGUCCGGAGAAAAGCUCAUGACUUACCUUUCUCAUCUCUCACUGACGAUCUCUGUUGCGCUCGCAGCUGCUUCUCUGCGCACCUUCGCUCUCGUCACCCCCAUACUGAAAGAUCCAUCCAUCGCUCUUGUCUCGACCGGCAGCAACCGCGAAGAAUGGAUCUGCACGCAAGUGUGCUGCGGGAAGGCGAAAGGGAAAACUUUCCUGGCUGCGGCGGAUCACAUCAUCUCUUCGACUCACCUGCUGAACCAGGAGAAGAUGGGUACCGCCACAAAAGCCUCCAUGGACAAGGCUGCUCUUGCCGCAGCCCUGGGCAGGCCUGGAAUUCGGAAAGUGGUAGAGGCUGCCUUGGUGAAAGCGGCUGAGGAUGGAGAUGGUAAUUUCGAGUUACUACUUGGGAGACUCAAUGCUGGUUUGCGUGCGUACACGAAGGAGGAGAACAAAAGAGUAAAGAAAACAACGGCUCAUCUGGCGGAGGUAGUGGCGGAGCUACAUCAGGAGCAGAUGCGCAACCCGAGCUGUCAAAAGACGAGUGAUCUGUUUCACGUCAGGGACGCGCAGCUGAGAGAGUACCAUGCAUCAAAACGGGACAGACUUCACGUGAUGACAGGGACGGAUGCGGAGUUAGCUGGGGAGGUCCCUUCGCCUUUCCUAUCGGCGAGAGUCAAGGUCAGAAAACAGAAGACACAGAUUGCAGAGCUGAAGGUGGGAGACGUCAAGAUUUCUGACUCACCCGGGAUUCUGACAGCCGCGACGAAGUACUUCACGGACCUUUUCGGCACUGACGGUCGGACAUCAACAGAGCGAUGGAAACCGCUUGCUGGGAGAAAGUUGGAUGCAGAGACGGCGGCUGGGCUCGCAGCAGAUUGGACAGAAGAGGAGGUUAAACAGGCCUUCAAAGCGCUUGCAGACGGCAAAUCACCCGGGAAGGAUGGGCUCCCGAAAGAGCUGUUUGAAAGACACUGGGAUGUCCUCGGCAAGGAGUUCCUCCGUAUGGCGCAAUCCUUCUCGGUUUCAGCAACCAUUCCUGCAAGCAUCAAAGAAGCGAUUACUAUUCUGCUCCAUAAAAAGGGAGAGAAGGACAAUCUGGACAACUACCGUCCGAUCACACUUCUGAACUUCACGUACAAGGUGCUGGCGCGGGUGGUGGCGAACCGGAUGAAGAUGCACCUGCACAAGGUGAUCUCGGCGGAGCAGUACGGCUUUAUUCCCGGCAGGAGAAUCUCGGAGGCCAUCGGAGUGGUUGCUGAUGUUAUUGAGGCGGCGAAAAAGGGGAAUGAAGACUGGUACAUGCUGCUGGUAGACUUCCGCAAGGCCUUCGACUCGGUGUCUAGAAGUUUCCUUUUCACCAUCCUCAAGGAAAUGGGCUUCCCAGAGAGAUUCGUCGGCUGGGUGGAAGGUCUGCACAAAGACACAAGAACAAGGUUAUUAAUCAACGGUUGGCUGGGGGAAGCAGUGGAUGUUAAGUCGGGGGUGAGACAGGGCUGCCCACUCGCUCCGUACCUGUUUCUCUGUGCGGUGGAACCGCUGGCGCAAGAGGCAGAGCGUCGGAAGAUUGGUCUCUGCAACAAGGCAAACCAACGGUUAGCGUAUGUCGGAUACGCGGACGACACGACACUCUUUUUGGAUGGGAAAAGACAAAUCGCCAGGGCUGAGAAGCUGUUAGCCUGGUUUGCUGGACUGUCAGGGCUGCAGACGAACAAGGGCAAAUCGGUGAUCCUCCCGAUCGGCCACAACAUUGGGAGGAGACCAGGGACGCUGGGCGGCUUUAAAUGGGCCAAGGCGGACGAAGCGGAGAGAGUCAUGGGAGUCUGGGUCACCCCCUCUGGAAGCAGUGAGCCGACCUGGAAGCGGGCUUUUGAAAAAAUAAUAGUGGAGUUGAUUAAGUGGAAGGCGCUCUUCCUCACGAUUGCGGCGAGGGUUGUGAUUAUCAACUGCUACAUCACACCGAGAAUAGCAUACCAGGCGCAGGUCUAUCCCCCGUCAGAAGAGAUCUGGAAGAAGCUCGUUAAGCUGAUUCACAACUUCUUAACGGGGAACAAUGCAUCGGCUGAGAAAGGGUUUGUGCUGUGGAACUGGGGGCUGCUUACCACGCCGAAAGCCGACGGAGGUCUCGGAGUUCUGGAUCCAGGAGUGCUUCUCGCCUGCCUUGCCGCGAGAAGGAUUGGCUGCUUGCUGCUGGAGAAGAACAAAAAAAAAAAGGAAAUCACGCUCAAGGCGGCGGGAUUACCGCUCGGAGAGGACACGUUCCUGGCUCAUGAACGGUUGCUGAAGCACUGGCCGGGAGAAAACGAGCGCUGGCUACAGACAUGCGAGACUUUCAUGAAAUCCCCGAUGGCGGACACUGGGAAGUCGGAUAGCAAAGAGGAGGUGGCGCAAGAAAGGGUGGUUUUCAACCGGAAGCUGCUUCUGAACUGCACGAACCCAGUGGGUGGACAAAAGGAGGCUAAGGGCCUCUGGGGGACGAGGCUGGGUGACCUGGUCACCACGCGUCAGGACGGUACGGUGGAGAUUAAGGACAUGGAUACGCUUGAGCGGGAGUUGCGUAGCAGGGACUCAGCCCGGCUGGCUCUCAAAGCACUUGACGCAGCCCCGCAGGAAUGGAAGGAAGUGCUCAUCCCGGAUGCCAGUGAAAAAGGGGCUGGAUCUGGGGAAAAAAAAUCGUCUGGGAACAGCGGCGGUGGCGAACAUGCAGCGGCUACAAUUUUUCGUUCGGGUAUUUUCACGAAUGGGCAGCUGUCAUCCCUGAAGCAGCUGAGGGAAUCGUGGGCUGUGCCAGACGCGGUCUCCACGAAGCAGGAGAAGUGGGUCGGCAAGUGGAGCGGCAAGAUAGACUGGGACCGAAUCAUCCACACCAGAAACUCGCUUGCCAUCCCGAACCGACCGCGUGAUGUCCUUACGCGUAUACACAACCACAACCUUCAGGUUGGGGAGAGGGUGGAUUUUCUCAGCAAUAAGCCGAAGUGCCCGUACUGUGGAGAGGUUGAGACACAGGACCACUGCCUUUUUAGCUGCCCGGUGAUUCAGCCUGUGGUUUCUGGUCUCCGGCGCGCUCUGCGCAUGCUCAACCCCGCAAGGACAUCUGCCUCGCUCGGUGAUCUACUGUUCCAGGAAACUGGUACCACGUCAGACUUCCCAGAGGCUACACUAACGGCCAUCACCUUCCACCAGUUGUGGGUGGAACGCUGCGAGGCGAGCUUCCGUGGGCAAAAAUUCAGAGCCCGGCGGGUGCUCAGGAGAAUCGGGACGGCUUUCCGGCUGCACGUAAGGGUGUACACGAGAGUGACUGGAGCGAAAGUUGUGAGGCCGGGCAAGCUGGGGAAACUCAAAAAGGCAUCCAGGCAGCAGCAGCAGCAGCAAUGCAGGGCCAGUCACCGGCAUGUGGUGGUGAGAGCAACAGCGGACGAGGAGGCCGCUACAGCCGCCGCUUCCGAAACCGCCCGCAUUAAAAGAGAAGAGGAGAAGUUUGCAGUGAUCAACACGGGCAAGUGGGAGUGCAAGUCGUGUGGGUACAUCUACGAUCAAUUCAAGGGCGACCCAGUUUAUCCCAUUGCUCCAGGUGUAUCCCUUAAGGAGCGCUCUGAGGACUGGCUCUGCCCCUCGUGUGGGUCGUCACCUUCUUCAUUCGGCAGCCUCAGCAAGGAGCUAGCCGGGUUCGCCCAGAACCAGGGCUAUGGGUUGGGAGGCAACUCACUGACAUCAUCCAAGAAGUACGAUAAGAAGCAAGACUGCAGCGCGUUUGGUGGGCUGGACUGGAGAGAAGUGGCCCGCCCUGCUCCUCCCAUGCUGGAUCUAUCUAAACCACGGGUGAGUGGCAGGGACAAGGGUGCGUUGCUAGAGGAGGUGCUAGCAGACGGCAUCAGGAGAAGUCAAAGGGGUGGUCGCGCGCGUGAUGUGUGGAUGGUGAUGGAGCCCGUGUUCCUGGACCAUCCGUCCCUGGCAUCACUCAAGGCAGCCAUUCGCCCGCCCACUGCUGCAAUCGUCUCCACCAAUGGCGACUGGAUGCUCACCAUCGUGCACGAAAUGCUGCCGCAGGCUACCAUCGGCAAGUUCUACGCCCCAACACCACAACUGCCUGACCCGCUAAAGUCCAAGCUCACUCCAGGGGAUGUUGCCUUGGGUGGUGGGGGUAUCUGGCACUGA